AUGACUGCUCGCCUAUGCUUCAGUGCGCUACGCGCUUUGCGUCUCUCGUCGACAUCAGCCCAUGUUGUCCGACGAAAUGUAGCGAAUUCAAGAAGUCCGCUCAUACGCCAAUUCUCGAGGAGUUGCCCAUCACAGAAACAACGCUAUGUCCGCUUCGAUGUCGACCCUGAGCAGCCUCUCAAUGUCCGGAAAUGGGACCUCGGAACACAGAUAUUUGUGGCGGUCGUGGUCGGUGGCGGUGUGUACUAUGUCACCCACUUGGAGCAGAUCCCAGAAACCGGGCGAUGGCGUUUCAUGGACAUCAACCCGAAAUUUGAAGCCAAGCUAGCCAAAGCUUCCCAUGAUGAGCUGCUUGCUGAGUUCCGGGGGAAGGUCCUGCCUGAGAACCACCCGGUCGCCCGGCAUGUCCGCCGUGUCGUCACGCGCAUUCUUGAGUCCUCAAACCUCGGCACCUUGUCCAGCCCCGAGUCAACUUACCUCCCAACGCACGGUGCCUCCGAUGACCUGUGGUCGCCACAGACACAGACUGACGAUGUACCACCGGGUGCUGGAGGACGGCAAUGGAACCUUAUGGUCGUGAAUGACGACAGAAUCGUCAACGCUGCGGCGAGCUAUGGAAAUAUAGUCGUAUUCACAGGCAUUCUGCCCGCGGCGAAGGACGAGCAAGGCCUCGCGGCUGUUCUGGGGCAUGAAAUCGGCCACGUAGUCCUGCGGCACAAUUCAGAACGCUAUUCCUCCAUGAAAGUACUGCUCGCGCUUGCGACUGCGCUCGAGGUCGCCGGCCUCGACUUGGGCAUUGCACGGCUCAUCACGAGUCUUUUGUACGACCUGCCCAAUUCUCGUACACAAGAGCUGGAGGCUGACCAAGUCGGGCUGAAGUUAGCGGCUAAGGCGUGUUUCGACCCGCAGGCAGCGCCGGAGAUGUUCACUCGCCUUGGGCAGCUGGAGAAGCGCAACGGCGGGCGUACCCUGAGUUUCAUCAGCACGCACCCUCCGUCCGAACAACGCGUGAAGCGUCUGGAGGGGUUGCUGGCCGACGCAUAUGCCAUUCGGGCCGCAAGUCCUGAAUGUAGCGGGAUCCAGGACAGCAUGGCAGCCUUCAGGGAUAGCUUCGCACUCAGUGUGGGGAGCGACGGUAACACAUGGAGGUAG